CAGCAUUGACAUUAGUCAUUCAUGUGGGGCUUUAAAUAUCAUCGGGUUUGUUCUAGCUUCUGGGCAGUGAGGAAGCAUUACGGCAAGGUGCUUGGCACGACGCACAGAGGGAGAGAGACGAGUAAAACUCCCAAGCAGAUACGUUGCACAGCUGGAAUAACCUCUGCACAUGUCUAGAGGGGAAGCACAGACUUUGUGAUCUGACACACAGCCAAGUGAUGUUGCUUAUUACUCCUUGGUAAAAAUAUACAGCUCUGCAGAGUGCUUCAUUACGUGCAAAGUCCGAUAAACUUUCGGAGAGGGCUGUGCUCCGAAGACAGGCGUAAAAUCUGUGCUGUGAGCAUACGGCGGGAAGCCAGGCUACUUCCCAGCAAGUGAAGGAGGGCAUGAGGUGCAGUCCUGGACAAGAGCUGCCAAACAAUCCUUGUGGCAAAAAGUAAUACAGCUAGGCAUGUCUUUCCUCAUCGCUGUUUUUCAGUGCUGCAGAAGGCUGUACAACUGUUUAGUGCUGCUAUUGAAAUGGUGGAAAUCCAGGUGGAUUUCAGGCAGCUAUCUUCAGAGAAAAUUCAUAAAGAAUCUCAGCGUGUCGCCAGAAGUCGAUCUCCUUGGUUAUUGCACAAGAGAGUGGAAAGGAGACACAAAGCAAGCCAAACACAUACAGGAGGCCUAUGAAGACUUGUUUUGGAGAUACCAUAUCAAAUAUCUACGACAAGUCAGGAGAGACAACUACUGCGUACUAAGAGCAGUGCUUUUUCAGAUAUUCAGUCAAGGCAUUCCCUUUCCAUCAUGGAUGAAGGAGAAGGAUAUAUUAAAGCUUCCUGAAAAGCUUUUGUAUUCUCAAGGUUGCAACUGGAUUCAGCAAUACAGUUUCGGGCCAGAAAGAUACACAGGUCCCAAUGCCUUUGGAAAAUUACGCAAAUGCAUGGAAGCAUUAAAGACAAAUUGGAGUGAAAUAAGCAGUAUUAAAGAUCAUGAAGAAAGAGGAAACAUCUGUAAUACACUUUUUUCUGAUGAGAGCAAGGAGCACAAACUAUACGAGGCCAUAAAAUUCAUCAUGCUCUACGAAGUUGUCGAAGCCUAUGAGCAGAUGAAGAACAGGGAAAAACAUAUACCAAACCUUUUUAGCCUCCUCCUUGCUCGUGAUUCUUCUUCUGACCCUUUGAGUUUCAUGAUGAAUCAUCUGAAUGCUAUAGGUGACUCUGGUCGCCUAGAACAGGUUGAAAUGUUUCUUCUUGGAUACUUAUUGGAAGUAAAGAUAAGAGUUUACAGACUUCAUAAGUUUAAUACUGAAGAGUUUCAAGUAAGCUAUCCAGAUGAAUAUCAAAGAGAAUGGCAUGAGAUCUCUCUUCUGACUGAGGACGACUGCUACUAUCACAUCCCCUUUACCAGAACAUGAGGGACCAAUGACUUUUUUCCUUUGUAUAAUAUAGUGAGUGACCAUUUCCAGUGAAUUAAGUUUUUAAUUGGCAGCAGUAAGGUUUUGAUAAAUGCAUAUUAAUGAUUACAAAAUGAUUUAUGGGUUUAUUGUGUAAACAUUUUGCUUUUUCGUUACAGCUCAAUUCACCAGCAGUCAGCCAUAAAAAACAUAAAAUAUAUUAUCAUGCUCUCUGGGAAAAAAUGUCAUAUUUGAGGGUUGUCAAACAAAAAAGAUUAAGCGGCAUCCCAAAGAAGAAGGUAAUGCUAGGGUUUCUAUUGUUAGGCUAAGGGUUUACUCUGACCUACCCGGGAGGGUUAAACCCAAGUUCCUAAAGCAAUUACUGCCUUUCCCCUUCUGUCUCUAGCUGGGCGGAUGAAUCAGUCGGGAAGCAACUUCCAGCAUCCCACCGUUUAUAUGCCAGUAGAUUAAACUGGCAUUGAUUUGGGGCUACCCAGUGUGCAAGGUCAUAACCUGGGCCACUGAAUAGCUGCUUCAAAUAACGUGCAGCUUCCCCUGUUGCUGAAAUGUCUCCUCUGGAGAAAGCCCUGAGCAAGCAGCUGCAGACUGGACUUAUUUCAGGCACUUGAAAUUAAGCUGUCUGCACUCAGUGCUGGUAUCUGCAGCCGAGGAAGUGCUGCACAGAAAAAAAAUACUGUGCCAGAUGUGCUUCAGAUCUACUUUAUAAAGCAGAAGAAAGCACAUUAGCUUUUCCAAGUCUAAAAAAGGCAGUAUUAAUUAAUAAGUAACAUUGCAAUAUAGUUAGACCCACUAGCUGUCUUUUGGUUUUUAUCAACUUGUAAAUCUCUUUAAGGGCUGAUUUCAGCAUUAUCUGCCAAGAGAUGUGAAGAUUUCUUUUGUAAUUGGUGUGAGAAAGCUGUGCACUGAAUACAUUCUCAAAACUUCAUUUUCACAAAAAGUUAAUUUUCUGUGCAUUGCGUGCGUUUAGCAGAGUGUGCAUGUAUUAUAUCCUCUGUGUAUAUAUCAGUCUCUUCGCAUAAGAUCGCUGUCUUUAGUUUAGACCUCAAUGUUUGAAGAAGUCUGUCUGGGACAACUAAAAUUUACUUUAGCGUGUGGAACGUUUUGUCAAGAUCUAUUUUCUAAAAGACUGAACUGUUCUGAUUAUUUCUAAAAUGAGGGACCUUAACAGGAAUGAAUAUUCAAAUGAUAUGGCAGAUUUUGCCAAACAUUUAUUUGUGAAAAGCUUACAAUGCUAUAGGCAUACAGUUGUAUUGAAAAAGUGGUGUUUUAUGAAGAAGUGAAGUCUUUCCUUAACAAUAAUGGAAAUACUCCUAGGAAUAUGGUGACAGGCAGGUUUGUUUUUAAUUCUUGUGGGAGACAAUAUAAGCCAGUAACAAAAAUGUGAACUGGGCCUGCAGGAGCGAAGCAGUGCUAUGUGGUAACUAAACAGUAAAGUCUGGAGUGCAUAGAAACUGUUCUGUUCCUUUGUAUAAAGGAAAGCAAUUUUAUCCCCUUACAGUUCUUUGAUUUUUGUGUAUAUGUACAUAUAUUUAUAAACACAAACAGCUGAGUUCUCUAUUGUAACAGUUUUGUUUCUUGAAAGUCUGAGUUCAGUUUUGUUCAGUAAUUUGUAGCUUUUAAUUGAAAAGCUUUGAUACACGUAAUAAUUUCAUCUCAUCAAAACCUGCAUAUCAGAUAUAUUAUUUAUUAAAAGAAACUUUUUUUCACUGAAUGCAAUAAUUUGCUGCCAUUAGGUUUGGUUCUGCUCCACAUGGGGAAAUAUUAUAAUGCCUGAGAGUGGGGUACUGUUAUCUAUUGUGCACCAACAGUACACAUACCAUUUACAGCUAUUAACAGACUUGUCCCUAUUUUAUUCUUGUUUUUGUACAGACAUACAGAAAAAUGGUAUAUUUUUACAGCACACAUUUGUAAUGGUUUGCAUAUGAUCUCUGACUAGCAAUACAAAAGCAUUAUAGCUGAACCUGUUAAAUUGUCAAAAAUGUGCACUGUUUUUGUAAGCUUGAGCAUGUAUGUAGAAGGGCGUUAAUAAAUAUAUAACACGCACAGUGGGA